GAAAGAUCACUAUGUGACAUUAUUCUCCGAUAAAUCAGACAUAAUGCAGAGCUCGCUGAGUAGUUCCGCGUGGAAAGGCUGCUGUUCAUUACUAAAACUCCCCACACUAGCCUGAGACACGCAGCCUCAGUCUGGAGCUCGCAGCUCGCUUGAGUUGGAGUGGGGAACGGGCUGAUUUGUGCCAGUCGGCCAUGUGGAUGUGACUGUAGCGUGCGAUCAUGUUUUCCUCGAGCUUCCCAAACUGGAACUUCAACGGUGCAGGCUGGCCGCGCUGGAGCGCGUUCGCGGGCGCGGAGGGCUGAUCAGAGAUGAGCGCUGUUAACAGGAGGGAAUUCUGAUUUAUCUGACAUCAGCAGCUCCAGCAGAGCAGCCCAACCGUCCGCAUGAGGCUCUGGACUCUCAGCAGAGCCGCAGUGGCCUUUCUGCUCACGUUCUGUCCACACGUAAAAGCCAUUCCUUCAGAGUGUGAUCCAGAGAUCCAGUGGCUAAAGGAGGAGGAGAACUGCUACAGCAUCAUCCACCAAGACAACCUCACACACACUGACUCCACAGGCUGCAGUGUAUUAUGGGAUCAUCUGAACUGUUGGCCACAUGCCCAAUUGGGGGAAACCGUCUCCCAACCCUGCCCCACAUUCCUCAGGGUCAAAGGGGACGUGAUGAGGAACUGUACAGAGGCUGGCUGGUCAGAGCCUUUCCCACCAUACGAGUUGGCCUGUGGAUACACACUGAAUAACACACUGCACUUUCCCCCAGACAUUAUGCUGAUGUCACAUGAGUAUUUCAUGUGGGUAAGGAUCAUGUACUCAGUGGGAUACAGCAUCUCACUGAUCUCCCUCAUCUUUGCUCUGAUAUUGCUGUACAUGUUCAGAAAGCUCCACUGCACGCGCAACUUCAUCCACAUGCAGCUCUUCCUGUCCUUUAUCCUGCGAGCUGCUUUCAUCUUCAUUAGAGAUGCAGUGCUGCACAACUCUCAGGACUAUUACCACUGCGACUCUCAUCCGCCUGGCUGCAAGGUGGCACUGUUGUUGUCUAACUACUGCAUCCUGGCCAACUACAGCUGGUUGCUGGUGGAAGGUCAUUACUUGCACAGCCUGAUCCACCUGUCCCUUUACUCUCAGAGAAAACGCCUGCAUUGGUACAUCAGCCUUGGCUGGGGCACUCCUGUGCUCAUCAUCAUUGUCUGGAGUGUGGCCAAAUACCUGCAGGAGAAUGAGGGGUGUUGGGAAACGAGAGGCAACAGCUGGAUCUGGUGGAUCCUGAGAGUUCCUGUUUUCUUAGUCAUAAUAGUGAACUUGGUGUUUUUCAUGAGAAUUAUACGGACAUUAGUGCGCAAGAUGAGAGCUCCAGACAUGAUCGGAAAUGAGUUCAAACAGCACAGGAAGCUGGCCAAGUCCACACUGCUGCUGGUGUCGCUCUUUGGUGUGCAAUAUGCACUCUUCACUUUUUUCCCUGAUGAAGUCAGCAUUCUCACCUUCCAAAUCUGGAACGCUAUUGAGCUCGCUAUGGCCUCCACACAGGGCUUCAUCGUAGCUCUCCUCUACUGCUUCCUAAAUGGAGAGGUUCAACAUGAGAUUAAGAGGCGCUGGAGAAGGUGGCAACCAAAGAAGCGUUUCCAUGGCGAUCCCAGAAUGCACAAUGGUUCCCUGAGUCACAGUGGCCUGCCACUCACACAGAUUUCUCUCUUAGCCAGAGCUAACAACAUGUCCUAACACACACACACACACACACACGCGCACACAGUGUCUUCUAAAACAUACUGUACACAAUAUAAAAUACACAACUGAUCGGUAUAACACACUGCAACCUAAUAUAUGCCACAAAAUCAUAACAAAUAUAUCAGUACUACACAAAAUUUUAAAAAAGUAAAACAUAAUUAAUAAAUAAAUAAAUCACAGCAAGAAGGGCCUGUGUUUGAAUAUCUGGCUGGGCAAACAGGAUCCUUUCUGUGUGG